GUGUAAUGUACUCCCUCGUCGCGAGACCAUUAUUGCCCGCUGGUGCAUAUCGGUAUAGUGUAUCUGUGUGUGCAGCAGUAUAGCAUCGCCGCAUCACAGGUGCGCGUGCGAUCCUGACAUUUUGAGAAUGUUACGCGAACGGCCGGGAGCGGGAAUCCGAGGCUCGUGUUGCCGCGUAUGCUAUUCCGACUGCGCGAUUAUGCAAUCGCGAGCGUGCCUCUCGACAUACCGUUAAUUAAUCCGACAGCAAGGGGCUACUAUACGCGCGCGCGUGUAUGUAUAGCUUGUGCGCGUAUAUUGAGAUCGAUGGGGGGUCGGCGAGAUAUGCGCGCCAUGAUCGUUUGCUCUUCGAAGAAACUCGUCUAUAUAUUAUCGACUAGAAUACUUUGAUGAGAUUAUUUGCGGCUCGCGAGACUGCGCUCGAAGAUGACGAGGCUUUAACUGCUACAUGCAGUGGUGUGCGGUUAUCGACUCGGUUGCGCGGUGUACUUUGGUGCGGUUGUCGCGCGACAGACGAGCGGUUAUAAUGAAGCGGCUAUUAAUAAACUUUCAAUUUACGCUCCGAUGCACGGAAUUUUUGUGAUAAUUUGUGAUAAUUUGUGACAAUUUGUGAUAAUUCUCGUGGAGAUAAGAGUGCCUCGCGUUGCGCUUUUCGAUAUUGAAGUGUGUAUAGGAGUUUGGAAAUGCUUGGAAAGAAUUAUCAUCGGGAACGUUAGCUAGACAUUCCAGGGAAAGUAUUUUAAACAAUAAUCUACACUAAACUAUAUUUUCACGUACUUGAGAUUGAAACAAGAGUAGCGAUUUUGAAUAAACUAAGCAACUCGCUAUCGUUUGCAUAUUCAUUUUCGCGAUCAAAGUACACAAUCAAGAACAAGCACCCGCGUAAACAAGCAAAUAGCGAAAAGCGCAGCGUGUCCAAUAUUUUUUGUUGGUUCAAGAAAAACACCAUCUAUUCCUCUCUCUCGCGCGCGCCGCGCGACGCGUACAUAAUUCAAAGCCUCAUCAAUGAUCAAGCGCGCCACACGCAUACCGAAGCGCCUCCUCGUGUGUGAUAUUGAUAUACGUGCCGCGCACACACGUCCGCACUUCGUCUCACUCGCCUCUCGAGUCUCGACUCUCGCGCGCGCUCUCGAUGAUUCCUAACCUAGAAAGCGCGUGCAGCGCACAGUAGUAGCCGCAACUCCCGGCCGUUCAGUGCCAGCACUCAGCAUAUACGCACGGGGAGUUGUGUAUUGCGCGUGUGUGAAUCGGCUCGAGUGUUCGCAGGAAAGACAGAAGAGCCUUCGGCAGAGAUGACGGGGAACGAGCACGAGGGCUCGGGAGUUCGGCAGAGGAGGACCAAGAGCGUCACCCGCGCCGAGGAGAUUCAGAAGGCCGAGCAGAGAGCACGCAGGUCUCAGCCAGACAAGCCGUGCCAUCGUCCAAGGGACAGUCUCUUCUCGUGGAGCUCGGGCUUCGACAACUUCACGGGAUUCGUCAACUGGGGCUUCCUGCUGCUGGGCAUCGGCGGCAUUCGCCUCUUAUUGGAGAACUUUAUAAAGUACGGGAUCAGAGUGGACCCGAGGCAGUGGUAUUUCUUCCUCAGCGGCAAGAACGACGGCGGCAAGGAGCACCCUUCGAUCCUGCUGAUUUGUUACUCCGUGGUUCCUGUGAUGCUGUGCUUGCUGAUCGAGAAGGGCCUGGCGAUGGAUAUCAUGGCUCACGGGCCCGGCAUGGUGUUCCACGUCGUCAACCUCAUCGUGAUGGUCCUCAUGCCGAUGGUCGUCAUCCACGUGAAGGAGUCCGGAUUUAGUCUGAUCGGAGCGAUGUACGUCUGCAUGCUGUACGCCAUCCUCUUCCUCAAGCUGUGGUCGUACGUCCAGGUGAACAUGUGGUGUCGACUCAGCGCUAAGAGCAAGACUACGUCCCAGGGCAGGAUGCGCCGGCAGUCCUUCAGCUAUACCGAUCUGCAUUCCGCGACGGACGCGAAACAAAACGGCGGCGACUCCGAUGAAACGAGACACGACAUAAACGGCGGCGGCAAAGCUCUAGUGCAAUAUCCGGACAACCUGAAUCUGUUCGACCUCUACUACUACAUCCUGGCACCGACGCUUUGCUACGAAUUAAACUUCCCGAGGACUCAGAGGAUUCGCAAGAGGUUUUUAAUCAAGCGGAUCUUGGAGGUGCUCGUCGGAUGCCAGGUCGUCAUGUCGCUCUUUCAGCAGUGGAUGAUACCGUCCGUCAAGAAUUCCCUCAUACCUUUCAGCAAUAUGGAUGUCGCCAAGGCCUCGGAGCGUCUCCUCAAGCUAGCGAUACCGAAUCACCUGAUGUGGCUGUGCUUUUUCUACCUGUCGUUCCACUCUUAUCUCAACUUGAUGGGGGAGCUGCUGCACUUCGCCGACCGGAAUUUCUACUGCGACUGGUGGAACGCAAAUAACAUCGACACCUUCUGGAGAUCCUGGAACAUGCCCGUUCACCGCUGGGCAGUCAGGCACUUGUACAUACCGGUCGUGGAGAUGGGCUACAGCAAGACCACCGCCAGCAUUACAGUCUUCUUUAUCAGCGCUUUCUUCCACGAGUACCUUGUUAGCGUUCCGCUAAAGACCUUCAAGAUCUGGGCGUUCAUGGGUAUGAUGGGCCAGAUUCCGCUUUCGGUGCUAAGCAAGUACGUGGAGAAGCACUGGGGCGCCAGGUCGGGCAACAUCGUAGUGUGGGCCAGUCUCAUCAUAGGCCAGCCCCUAUGCAUCAUGAUGUACUACCACGACUACGUGGUUACCCACUUCGGCGAGACUCUGCUCGAGGAUUACUCCGUCGUGUAAAAGCCAAGGUGAAAGAGGAGAGAGAGAGAGAGAGAGAGAGUGGUGUAUAUAGGCGCCGGUGGAGAAGAAAAAAAAGGCGGCGACUAGCGCUGCUCCUUUUGCUGCAGCGUCGUCGGCGCUUUUUCUCGGUGGCCAUCGUCCGUUCGCGUGCGCACUGUCGCCGCCACUGCUUUUCACUUGGGAAAAAUCGAAUCACACGCGAAGAAAGGAAUCGCUUUACUUGUCGCGUCUUCUUCGCGCGUUUGUUUGUUGCCCGUGCGCGCGCGCUCUCUCUCUCUCUUUUUCCCUCUUUCUUGUCGCGCGUGGGAGAGAGGACGCGUGCGGCUACAAAGAAAAAUUCGAUUCCAGAUGUAAUAGCCCGCGAGUAAAUGAUUUUCGCCUUGGAUUACCUUGGCCGCCGCCGUCAGCGCGGCAGAGAUUGAUAGAGUUGACGCGUUAUUCUUAUAUAUUCAUUCUUGUCCUUUAUUAUAUUCUCUCUUAUAUUUUUCUAUGUAUACUUUUUUCUGAGGGUAAUCACGUACGUUGUAUAAAUAAUAAUUUUGUCGAUAUACUCGGUUGCGCUCGUUGUAUUUUAUACACACUUUUUCGAUUUCAGCAUAAUGAAUUUUGCAUCAAGCAUGAAUUUCUUACGAUGAAUUUUUUACUGCAAGCAUUUAUAAUGUAUACGUCAGUGCCUUACGUUACUCGUUUUCGCCAAGCAUAUCGCGGGAGAACUCAAGCACACACGAGAUUUGUAAAUACACGCGACACAAUAUAAUACUGUGCAAGACAGAGGGAGAAAUGUGACGUCGAACAUUUUUCGUCAGAAUUCAAGAGCUGAUUCAAGCGAACAAAUUAGACGCGACAGAGUUACCAAAACACGUGUAUUCUAGCACUUUGUGCGGUCAUAGCGUAGAUGAAUUUUGUUGUAUUUUGAGCCUUUGACGAUUGUUGUUCAUACUGUGUGCAAAUGUAUAGGUAUAGAUACUUCGGUUAUCAUGUACCACGUUUAUGUUUUUCACCGAGAGUGAGUUCUUUUUGUAAUUUUGUAUGAAUAAAGAAAACAAAAUAUCGCGAACGCGAACGAGAGAAGAAUGUCUGCAGCUGUUUAUAACGCUCAUAAUGCAUUUUGUGUUUCGUACACACAAGUCAGGCAUGAGAAAUGCAAAGUGAAUCGCGCCCGCAAUCCGUGUAUACAUUUGCAUCAGCGGGAAAUUGCGAGGCAAACGAAGUUUGCCUCAUCCACGUCUAGUGUAUCGAAGGCUACGAGGCAGAAGAAGCAGCAGCAACAGAAGAAGAAGACGACGAAAAAGACGAAGAGGAGGAAGCUCGGGUGCGGGGGAAAAGAAUGAGCGGAGAGGAGGUAGUAGACGUAGGAAAAAAAAGUCCUCGAAGAAGUUUAUUUUGUUAUCAAGUACGUAAGGAGCUUAAAUAAAUGUACAUCUUGUUGAAA